CUGGUCACAGUAUUGCUUUGCACAGGCUACUUUAGUGGAGCAGAUUGCUUAUGUGGAGCUCCUUGUAAUAAUUUAGCUGCUUGCUUUCAGCAUCUUCUGUAGGCUUUUGGUAGUAUCCUUUAUUGCUGCCCUGUGGAGUUCAGUACAGACAGACACAUACUUAUGUAAAAAGCAAAACUAGCUCCAACUUGUGACUCCCUGAAAGUCAUGGCAAGGGCUCAGUCCUGCAAAUUUCUGUGUUCAAGAAUAGUUUCAUCGGGCUGACGAGUAGCUACUUGCAUGCAAGGAAUUACUUGCAGGAGUGAGCCCAGAGCUCCUGCCAGUGCAGCCUGCCUCCUGGAGAACUGCAGGUACUCGUAUUUUUGGGCUGUUUUACAAUUGGUAGCGUUGUGAUUCUCAGUGUGCUGCAGAAAUGAAUUUGUUGCAAUUUCCAGAGCUUAUCCCAGGGCUUAUUUAUUUUUUCCACUCUCCAAAAAGAAAGAAAAACCUGACGAGUGUCCUCAGGCUUGCUAACAAAUUUAGCUGAACGGAUGUUGCUUUGUGCUUCUGAAAUGGGGCUGCCCGAGUUUAUUAAACACUGACUGGUAGAGUUUGAGGCAGAGGGAUAAAGAUUCCUGCCAUUCCCCUGACCCUGCCCCCUGCUCUGCUUGCACUCCCUAAUCUCUUCAGCUAUGGAGAGAGUGGGGGACAGAGAGGCUGGAUGUUCUGAGUUCCACACGGGGGGAAUGGGGAAUACUGCUAACUAUUUUUAAAAGCAUUUAAACAUGCUCUGCCUAUUUUAGUUCCAUAGCAUGGCAUCAACUACUCCCUUUUUGGAUAUGUAUGUAAGUUGUUUAGCUCUGUAUUAAUUUUGGCUUUUUCUCUGCAAGACGGAAAGAGGCGGAUGCUCCAUGUGCCUGAGCUAGAGGCAGUCUUGACAGUUUUCCAAAUCAAAUGUAGCUUUGCUGAUAACAGGCGGUCUGAUUAUCCCUUGUAACCUUUGCUCUGUGUGGUUAACUGCCUCUGAAGUACAGUAGCAGGUUUUAGCAGGCUCCUGUCUGUAUUUUUUUGCGUUCACAGUGUUACCUAAAUAGUUGAAGAGCAAAACCACAAUACUGAAAAAUGAAGUUUUAUCUAUGUCUCCAAAAAGCACAUGGGAUUCAUUUGGCUUUUUUUUUUUUUUUUUUUUCCCCCCCUAUGUCCUGGAUCUUGUUUCUGAGCAGUGCUAGAAUAUAAUUGGCAUAACCAGAUUUCAUUGCUGAAAUUUCUUUUGGGCUUCUUUGAAAAUAAAUGCAAAUUUUUUUUUAAAGUAUUAAAGUCUUGAGAAAAUAAAUGGAGCUUUUGAAUGUCAAGAACUGUUAGUUGGGAUUUCUUUCUUAAGCCAGUCCCUUAGAAGACAUCUGACAAGCAGAAAGGCACUUUCACGGCUGCUGAGAAUCUUGGGAACAAGUACAAAGUGCACGAGUGGAGCAAGAGUUAAUAAGUGGGCUGUAAAGUGAUGCCCUCCAACUCCACUGCCAGGUGCAAUUAAAAGAAUAGCUGCUGAUGCCACGUGGAGAAUUAAUUGCAUGUAUGCAAAAUGCACUUUUUUAGCCUUUGAAAAGAAUUAGAAAAAAAAUGCUGACCUAUUAGCUGGCAGUGGUUAAAUAUCUAGUGUUUAGGUCAAUAAGGUAGGAUUGCUAAUAGAUGUCUAUCUCACUUUAUUUGAUUUCCAAGACUUUGGAACAUAGACUUUGGAAGGUGCUUAGUUGUUUUUCAGCUUCAUUUCUUUCAAUCUGGAAGCACUGCAGCUUCUCAAAUACAUUGAGAGAAAAGUACUGGCUGCACAAGAUGCAGCUGCCAGCAAUAAUAUGGAGGGGGCAGGAUUGCAAUUAGGACCUGCCUGUAGCUGUUCAUGGGCUUGCAGUGAUGCAUUUGUUUUGGAGCUUGUAGUUCAACUUUGGAGCUCUUCUUUGCUUCAAGAGGGAGAAGUGGUUCUGUUGUUAGUUAUACACACAGGAAGAUGUGUUUGGUUGUACUGUAAGCACUGCAGUUGAGUAUGAAUUCAACCGUUUCCCAAAGCUAUUUCUACCCCAUCAUGAAAUGCAAUUUGUCCUUGGUAGGAACAUCCUCCCUUCGCAUGCUAAUAUGUGAAUUUUUAAUUCAGUGGAGAGGAGAAGCCUCAGGCCUAUGGCGUGAGCUUUUAGAAGUGUCUUCCUUCACCUAUGCUGUUCCCACACCACAUUCUCCCAGAACAGCCCCUCAGUGUGCUGCAGAGGUGAUGUGCUGUGGGAACGUCUGGCUGCAAGCAGCUGCAGAAGGAGCCUGCACCCCAACCCCGUCUGUCCCACACCCACCUGAAGCCCUCACCACUGAAACUUGGGUUAGCUGUCACAGAUAGCUUUUUUGGUAGGAUGAUUAGGGUUUUUUUGUUUGUUUGUUUGUUUAGCAUAACGACACAGCCUUUAAAAUAGCGCUCACACCGAACUGCAAUCCCCCACCUCACACACGCUGUUUCUCAUUGCCGCCUUCACGUGCCCCCCAGCCUUUUCCUCACACCAGCCAGCGAGGCUAAGAAUAGCGGCAGUGAUGCUGUGGAGCAGGAUGUGCAACCUGCUGAGUUUCCUGCGUUUGUGCUGCGCUGCUGGCCUGUGCUGAGCCCCUUCUGCUCUGCCCUCCCCUCUGGAGCCGCCGGAUGGAUCUGUAACCCGGAUUCGGCUUUACUGAUGGCUGUGAUGCUGCCUUGUCACGCCGGUAGCUGAGGUGCGGUGCAAAAGCUCCCUCGGGCCCUGUCGCUGUCACACAGAGCAGAGCUCAGCGCUGCCCUCUGCUCCCUGUGAGGAGCUGCAGGCGCCAUCAGGCCUCCCCUCAGCUCCUUUGCACUGGGCUGAGCAAACCCAGGCUUCUCAGCAGCUCCUCACACACCUUGCCCUCCAGACUCCUCAUCAUCUUCAUAGCCCUCCUUUGGACACUCUCUAAUAGCUUUUUGUCUUGCAGUGUGGCACCCAAACCAGAACCCAGUGCUGGAGGUGAGGCCUCACAGCACAGAGCGCAGAGAACAGCCCCUCCCCUCACCCCCUGGCAGUGCUGGGCCUGGGGCAUCCCGUGGCAUAGUUGGCCCUUUGGGCUGCCAUGGCACACUGCUGGCUCAUAUUUAACUUGCCAGAACACCCACAUCCCUUUCUACAAGGCUCUCUCCAGUCUCUUGCCUCCUGCUCUAUAUAUACAAAAUGCAUGUUCUAAAUACUCGUAGCAGUUGAGUUCCUGUGCUUUUAUGCCAUGCUACUUUGAAGGAAUUUGCACUUCUUCUCACAUUGAGGUUCAAAAAUAUUAAAAAAAAAAAAAAGAAAAGAAAAGAAGGAAAGAAAAAAAAAGAAGGAAUUGUGCUUGAUGAUUACAGGCACUAUUAGCCAACUACUGCAGCCAUGUUCGCAGUUUCUCUGCAAAUCUCCCCGCACAUCAUAGGUGCGUGGCAGGGAUUUCAAGUGGGCAAACUGUCGCAGACCAGGAGGUGUUUGGUCCAUAUGCUUCAGCUGGGAGGUGGGAUGUCACUUGGCAUUGUAAUGUCCCAGUUUUCUUUUCUCAAGGAUUAGGAAAAGUACAGAAACCAAAUGCUGAGGCAGACUCUGUGGGCAGAGCCCUGUUAAGGCCUGCUUACGUCAAGCGGAGAGUGGGGCGUUGCUGGCUGCAAGUCACAGCUCAGAGGGUGCCGAAGGCAGACGUAUUGUUUAAAACCUCAAUAACAUUAUCUGAAGGCUUUUGAAAUUAUGGCACCAAUGGAGAAAAAACUGCAUGUGCGGAUUUUGCUUUUGGACUGCUUACCUUUUUUGUUUGUUUGUUUGCUUUUCCUGCAACUAUUCAGUGAGAGUAGUGAUGUUCUCUGUUUUCCCCCUCCAGCUCUGCAGUGUGUCUCAGCCUCCUGCUGUGAGACCUGAGAAGGCAGCCAGGAUCACCUUAGCUGUUACAUCAGGAGAGGACAGCGCAGAGUACUGACCUCAGCUCCUGCUGUAGAAACAGAGUGGAAAAUCAGUGAAGACACGCAGGGCACUAUGUCACUGGCAUCCUGGUUCAGGUGGAAUGAGCCCCCAAAUCGGAUUUCCCAGAGGAACCCCACAGAGAUGGUGGUUGAGACGCUAAUGAUGGAGCUGAGCUGGCAGAUCAAGCAGGCAGAGAAGCAGCAGCGGGAGCGGGAGAAUGAGUAUCGCAAGAUCAAGACUGGGGUGGACUACGGCUGGCUGGUCAGCUACCCAAAGCAGAGCUAUGAUAUCAGCCCAGGAGAAAGGCUGCAGCUGGAGGAUAUGUGUACCAAAAUACAUCCCUCCUACUGUGGGCCUGUCAUACUCAGAUUCCGGCAACUCGUUGCUGAAUACGAACCAGAAGUGCAGGAAGUAUCUCGACUCUUCCGCUCUGUUCUGCAGGAAGCUGUUGAGAAGAUCAAAGAGGAGGAAGACGCCAAGAAGCUCGCCAAGCAAUGGAACACAAAGAACAAAACCAGCCUCUCCUUAACAACGUUUAAGUCCCGGUCCAAGAUUUCCCCAUUCAUCAGUGACAUCAAGACCAUCUCUGAGGAUGUAGAGCGGGGCACCCAGCCCACCAGGAGGGUUUGGAGCAUGCCAGAAUUCCGGAAUGCCAAGGAUUACUGACUCUGUACUGAACAAGGUUUUUAAACAGUGAUCUCUCCAAAUCCCAGUUAACCCUUUUUUUAGCUCUACCAUUUCUUCUUCGUUCCAUCUUUCUCUUACUGUCUGCCUCUCUCAGAAGCUGUGUCCAUAGUAACUGCUGCUGAUGCCCACGAUAUGUGACAAUUUAUUACCACACAUGCUAGCUUUUCCUUUAAUUUAGAAGUAAUCAGCAACUUUAAGGGCAAGGCUCACUUACUAUCCUAUUUUUUAUUUUUAUUUUUUUUUUUUUCUUUCCUGGUGGAAAAUGAAUUAAUUUUGUGAUCUCUCUCUUCUUCUCCCUUUUCCCUCAGCCUGGAUGAAGUUACCUUCUAAAGCUAUUGGCCCAAGCUAGUGAGAGCUGCUGCCUGAAUGCAAGAAGUUCCAUUUGCAUGAGAAAGGCUUUCAGGAUCAGGCCUGUGAGUUAGGGCUAGUCAGAACUGAACUUCUUUUUUCAACUAACAACCUUCCGCAGUGCUGCAGGAGAUGCAGGUAAACCCAGCGCUGCUCUUGAGUAGCAAUCCAGCUCAAGCAAAGCAGACUCAAACUUUCUGAGGUGGAAGACUAACAUAAUUCCACAGCAUGCUCAGGUUUCUUGGGUAUUUUCUCUCUUACGCAGGCAGAACCCCUGAACCUUGUGCUUGCAGAGCAGAUAGAAAUGUAACACUGUUGUGGGUGGAUACAUCAGUUCUGUGUCAAAAGCUCUUCUUGGUCCUGUGUUCUGUGUUACUGAGGUAAGUGCUACACCCUGCAUCCCAGUAAUAAUUCACUGGGCUGAAAUUAAUGUUUAUGACUAAGUCUGAAAGAGUACUGAAGAAUAGUAUCAGUGAAGGGUGAAGGGAAUCAGCAUUCAUCUACUGCACUCUGUACAGCUCAGAAUUGAGUCUGUUUCAAUAAGCUGCUGUUGUGAAUGGCUGAAGGGCUCUGGUAGAUGAAGGUCCAUUCCCUCACUCUUCUCUCACGAGUGCUCAGAGGAGAGCUUUCCAGUAUUGCAGGAUGCUGGCCAGUGAGUGGACACUGUUACAGAAGAAUCUUUAAUGAAAACUGAAUUGCCUCUAGGCCAGCAUGGUUCUGCUGAGACCUUGAGUAAACAAGAAAACACCAGGGAGGAAAAGCAUCCACAGGGAAAACUUUCAUCAGGAAAAGAAAGAGAACAUUGUGCUGUAAAAAUCAUGGUUCCUGUAGAAAGAAGCCAAAGAGUAGGAAAAAUUCUGGGAUCUCCCCCUAUGACUGGCUUUUGGGAAUCAUCUCCACUGUGAUACAGCCUCCUGGAGAACGCUGCAUAGCUUUGUUGUUCUUUUGCCUGUUUCCAACUCUUUUCCCCAGGGAUUUUUGCAACAGCAUGUGAGUACUACAGCCAAAACAAAAUCCGUUGAAGCUAUGCCAACCCUGGGAACAAUUCCAGCACAUGAAAUUUAUCCUAGAGUAGAAAUGUGCAGUUUCUUCCAGAGUUGGGGGAUCACAGCAUUAAAAACAAAGAUCAAGAUCAAAUCCUUAACAGUUCUCUAGGACUGUGGAAUUGUGGCUCUUUCUCACUUUCCUCUGGGCUAGCUAAGACUAAACAAGGCUGUAGCAUCUAGCCCCUUCGUAAACACUGCUGCAGAAGAUCACUUUUAAUUAAAAAAAAAAAAUAUCUCAGGGCUUCCAAAUACACCACUCAGUUUAGGACUGGCUACUUCAGCUCCAGGUCAACAGGGGAGAGGUUCAAGCCUUCUGACAAUCAACUUGAUGUUUUUUUGGCUCGGUGUCCUUGUGAAGUGGUGUGACUGUGUGUAUGCAGUACAAUAAAAGCUUGACAUACUUAGCAUAGGCUUAAGUAUCUAGAAGUUUUGUGAUCCUAGCAAGAUGCUACCAUCUAAAAAAACCACUGUUUUGAAAAAAGUUAACCAUUUCUUAAAUAUAUUUGCAAGCCACUAUACUUGCUGGACUGAUGGCUGAAAUGGUCAUGAAUUUCAUGCUACAAUGCUGUAGUCAAUUUUUUGUACUCAAGUUUUAUUUUAAUGCCCUCGGUACUGACUGUUUUGAUGCAAUAUUUGAUAGUCUGCAGGGAGCGAAGGGACAGUCUGAUACUGACAUAAAAACUCUUUGCUACAGUACAGCGUCAGCAAUGUGCUCACUCUAUCCAAAGGAGAACCUGGAGCAACUAACUUCGCUGCACCAAUAUACAAAGCCAAUGAAAUCAGCUGAAGAGUGUUUGCAAUAUUAUCACAGCAUGCUGUGAUCAUACUGUAUCCUUCAUUAAUAACCUCCAGCUAGCAGAUACCAUUCUUGUUUUGCAGUCAGCAGAGGGAGACAAAUCUGACCUUUGCUCAAAGCCAUAUACAGAUGAGGGCCAGGCUGUGAUGGCACCUGUGACAGCUGUCAAGCUUCACUUUACCUGCCGUCUCUAAUUCCACAAUAAAAUGUAAUCCAAACUUUCAAAUAGUACCACUUUCUCCCUGUACCUCUUCUGCAAGUUACACUGGGCUCACAGAACCAUCUGAUGAAGAAGAGGAUAUUCAGGUACCAAUCUGGCCAUCCAGUACUCUGAAAGGUGUAAAACAAGCACUAUGCUUGCCUGUAACCAGCUGACUGCAACUUUUUGCACAGUGUAUGCACCAGCAGGUAGUGAAGCAGAGCUGGGGAGGUGCUUAGGAUAUUCAGUUGUUGCACUAUGCUUGUAACGCUUGUUUUUCUUAGGAAUUGUAGACUGAACUAAAUCAUUCUUUGGUCACUGCAUGCAGCAACAAGUAACUACUCAUUUUUGCAUUAUUCUUAAUUCCAUGUUUUGAGUGACUGAAUUAGAAUUUCAGAUUAAAGCAGGAGUGUGCAACUCCUGGUUGUCCCCUACCUACUGAGCUAUGGUUCACAUACCUGAGCAGGGGCAAACUAGAUUGCUUUUGGAUUAAGCUAACCUAAAUGAUCUGUUGCAGCUGACUCUUAGGUUUGCAUACCUUGAAACAGGACUAAGAAAACCUCCUAACACUUGUAUAGUGUGAACAUUAACCCCUUACUGACAAGUGUACCGCUCUACAGCUCUGCUUCUCCUGGACUGCAUUGCCUACUAGUGUAGAAAAGCAUUCCUACACAACUUAGAGGAGACUGUACUAUCUUAGCCACUCUAGAGAGAGUCCAGUGAUUUAAUUCCUAAAGAAAAAUGAGAAGUGAAAUAGCAGCACAAUGCCAGUAACAAACAACUAAGUAAACUGAACAAGAAUAAUUCCAAAUCCUCAUUCUUUCAAAACUGAACAAAGACUUUGGUGUCAGCCUAGAGCAUCACUGUUGCCCAAUCAGUGGUAGUUGUUACGCUGUCCAAAGGACACUGUUACACCCAGGAAAAAGCAAUCAGAGACUUUUAUCACACAUGCCAACACAUAAUGGCAACACCACUACAGCAGCUCAGGUGCACGGCUCGGCUUCAAGAGGCUGAAACACUUUUCAGAGCCGCUACUCAUCUAAGAAAGAAAAUGCAGCUCUGCUCCUACAGCCUAGACUGGCCCACAGGUUGUGGUGGCCAGCAAAAAUGUGCAGGAGGAAACUCUUCAGCUCUAUCAGCAUAUAGCUCAGACAGCUGUCACACCUUGCAGAACUGGAGUAUGCUUCACAGGAAAUACCUGUCUACUGAGAUUGCACUGUUUAUGUAUUUCAUCAUGGAACCUUAGAAAAUUAAAGCAAAGCUAUGAACUAUAAAACAAA